GACGCUUCUCUUUAGAAGGAUGGACAAUAGCAUGCAUAAUGCCUGGCUGUGAAGAGAAGCUAAUGAGUAUCAGUGCUGGCCUUCAUCAAUACCUGCUCUUUACCCAUGUCAUUUUGAAGUGGUAGAUAAAGCAACAGGCUGCCUUGUGCACACACUGGGAAGAGGUGUGGUCAUGGCUGUUGAUUACAUGAAGGAAUGGAGUGUACACAGGACAGAGAGGGGGAAAGGGAGUGGAAGGACAGACAGAAACAGAGCACUGAAAGAAUUUGUGGGAAUUUCAAGGUGUGACAGUCUCACACCCCUGGCAGUUUGACUGGUUUCAGUAUGAAUAAUAAUCAGGCAAAUGGUCCCAUCUAUGAUAAUGUAGGGUUCCAGCAUGACGAACAAAGACCCCCUCCAUACAGCUCACAGCCCAGGGUAUACCCUUCCCUCCCACAAGAGACCCCCAGCUAUGUUGCCAGCACCAUCAACACCCACCACACCUCAACACCUGGAACAGCACAUAAUACGGAACAAAAGAAAGGAAUAAAGAAAUGUCACUGGAAAUCUAUCCUGUGUCUAUCUCUGUGUGUGCUUCUUAUCCUGGCGGUGAUCAGCCUCUUGCUCUGGUACUUCUUGUAUUACCAGUGUUUACUGGGAAAAUCAUGUAGAAGCGGUGGGAAGUGUCUGAGUCCCUCACAGUGGUGUGAUGGUGUCAGGGACUGUUCACAUGGAGAGGAUGAAUCUCAGUGCUUUCGCCUUUAUGGGACCAACUUCAUACUGCAGAGUUAUUCAUCAGACAGCCAGACGUGGAUGCCUGUAUGUGCAGAGAACUGGGACAACAGCUAUGGGAGAGCUGUGUGUGAGCAGAUGGGCUACAUGAGGCAGGAUUACGUGACCUACAGACAAACCAGUGCAGGUUCUUUGGCCUCCGAAGGAUACAUGAAGCUGAAGUCUGGGAGUAACCAUGACUCACAUAUGCAGUCACAGCUCACUCACAGCCAAAGUUGCUCAGCCAGAGCCGUCACACUUCAUUGUAUUGAAUGUGGACGGAGUUCAGCAGCCCCCAGUACUCGUAUUGUAGGUGGUACAGCGGCUGUAAAUGGAGCCUGGCCGUGGCAAGUCAGUCUUCAGAUUGUUGGUAUUGGACACGUUUGUGGAGGCUCCAUUAUCAGCCCUUACUGGAUCCUGUCUGCUGCACACUGCUUCCAAGAGUUCUCCAAUCCUCAACAAUGGAGGGUAUACUCUGGUGACGUGAGCUUGGUGAAAAUGAGCUAUGGCAAAACUGUUCAGAAAAUCAUCAGUCAUGACAAAUAUAACAGAGAAACUAGUGACAAUGAUAUUGCCCUACUAAAGCUUGACACACCUCUGACCUUUACAACAACAGUGAGGCCAGUGUGUCUCCCCAACGUUGACGUGAACCUCUCUUCUGAGCAUCAAGCCUGGAUCACAGGAUGGGGAGCCUUGCGCUCAUCUGGACCAUCCCCUGACAAACUAAAUCAGGCCCAGGUGACCAUUUACAGCAGGGAGACCUGUAACAGGCCUGAGGUGUUAAAUGGAGCAGUUACUCAGACCAUGAUCUGUGCCGGCAAACUGCAGGGAGGAGUCGACACAUGUCAGGGUGACAGUGGAGGACCCCUGGUGGUCAAGAAGGCAAAUGUAUGGUGGCUGGCAGGGGACACUAGCUGGGGAAUUGGAUGUGCUUGGAGGAACAAGCCAGGAGUCUAUGGCAAUGUAACCUACUUUAUUGACUGGAUAUAUGGACAAAUGCAGAAUGAAUGAUGGAAAUGUCAACGAACAUGAAGACAGACCUCAUCUAUUAAUCCAUGGUACUUACUUACUUACUUUAUCAUACACUUUGCACUUUGAAUCCAAGACACCACUGGAACUUACUGAUGACUACAAAAAAACUAACAAAGAUUGUACAAAUAUCACUGAUGUAUCAUUUCAUUAUUUUUCUACAUCUGUUACUACUACAGCUGAAUGUUUGUAUGUGAACAAAAUCAAGCUAUUUUGUUGUAAUAAAACAAAUUUUGCCACAAACA